AUGGACGAAACCCAGCCCUUGUUACAAGAUGCCCAUCUCGUCUACGUAGAAAGAGAAGACGACCCCUCCAGUAAAGAUAUCGUUGAUUUUGAUCCUGAUGGCGACGCGGAAAACCCCAUGGAAUGGCCGCAGGCCUAUAAAUGGGGGAUAGUGGCGCUCCUCGCCUUCAUGGCCUUCACAGUAACAUUCACCUGCAUAUCCGUCGUACCCGUCGCGACACGGAUAGUGGACGACCUUGACCACGGCCACUCUAGCAAAUCUGCGAGCGUACUUUUAGUGACCAUUUGGGAGCUAGGCGAAGCUGCAGGUCCCUUGCUUAUCGCACCGCUGUCUGAAGUAUUUGGGCGCUACCCCGUCAUGAACACAGCGAACGCUCUGUUCAUCGUAGCGACAGUCCUGGCAGCAUUGUCCCAAAGUACAAAACUUUUCAUUGCCGCAAGAACCCUCACGGGACUCUCUGUAGCUUCCAAUGUGCUAAACCCCGCGAUUGUCGGCGACAUGUUCAUAUCAGAGCAGAGAGGUUCGGCGAUGAGCUUGGUCCAACUCGCACCGCUGAUCGGUGGCGCUGUCGGCCCAGCAAUUAGCGGGGCGAUCGCCGAGACGCUGGGGUGGAGGAAAGCGAUAUGGAUGAGCGUGAUACUAGCCACCGCAUGCGAGGUAGUUUUCCUUACGUUAUUCCGCGAGACGUAUAAAGUCCCAAUUCUAAGACGAAAGGCGGCGAGGCUCCGGCGCGAAACUGGUAAUGCAUCGCUACGAACCGUCUUCGACAUGGAUGAUAGCCCGAGGGCUAAAAAGGUGUGGGCCGCCGUCACCCGGCCUUUCACGGUGUUAGCGGGCUCGGGCAUCUUACAAGCGCUAUCAUUGUUCGGAUCUAUCGCUUUUACAUACUUCUAUAUAACGGCCACCACGCUACCCGACGUCUUGCAGACUAUGUACGGUUUCUCGCCUGCUGCCGCCGGAUCUGCACUUGUCACUUUCAGUAUCGGCUCGGCUUUUAGUCUAAUCAUCUGCAAUCUAACUUUGGACAGGAUUUAUAUCAAGAUGCGCGACUCCAAUAAGGGCGAAGGCAGACCUGAAUAUCGUCUACCUUUAGUGAUUAUUGGAGGUAUCACUUUACCCUUCGUCGUUGCAGGCUAUGGAUGGGCUAUUCAGCUUCACGCCUCGGCCGCGUUAGUCCUCUCUUCCGUCAUCGGAAUUGGUGUUACGCUCAUGCUAGGAUUUCUGCCGCUCUAUGCCUAUGUCGUGGACGCCUUUGGGCUCUACGCUGCCUCCGCAAUGACGGCUGUGAUCGUCAUGAGGUGUUUGGCUGGUACAUUCUUGCCGCUUGCCAUAGAACCGCUCGUAAACAAAUUUGGCUACGGCGGAGGUUUAUCGAUACUAGGCUGUGCUAGUCUUCUCCUUGCGCCAAUCCCAAUCUUGGUUCUGAGGUAUGGAUCGAUAUGGCGACAGAGUUCAGAAUACACAAGGGAUGAGUGA